AUGAAAGGCAAGCUCAUGUUCUUCGACGAAGUAGCCUGGGACCGUUGCGACGACCAACUAGCAAACUGGAAAGCAUCUCUAUUCAACCAACAGGCGAUGAGAAAAAUCACCGACCUAAUAAUCCACCACCAAAACGUCCCAGCAGCCAAACUCUUCCCUCCCCAAAAAGGCGCCUUCAACAUGGUCAUCCGCCUCCAAUUCACCGACCACUCCUCCUCCAUCAUCCGCUUCCCAAUCCCAGGCUACUCAGUCUUCCCAGAAGAAAAAGUCCAACGCGAAGUCUCCGUCAUGACCUUCCUCUCUCAGCACUCAACCAUCCGCAUCCCGCGCAUCCUCCACCACGGCAUGACAGACGACAGUCCGCAGUGUCUAGGCCCAUUCAUCAUCAUGGAACAUAUCGACAACAACGCCGAUCUAGUCGAUGCACUAAUCACUCCGGGUCUCCCGGACGAAGACCGUCCAGUCCUAGACCCGAAUAUCAGCGUGCACAGACUGCGCUCCGUGUAUAGCGAAAUGGCAGGAUUACUCCUGCAAGUUGCGAAACACACAUUCCCCCGCAUCGGGUGUAUAUCAUUCCAGGAGAAGUGGGACGUCAGGCAUCGUCCGUUGAGCAUUAAUAUGAACGAACUUGUGCAAGUCGGUGGCGUACAGCCGGAGGAUCUCCCACAGACGCCCUUCGAUAGCGGAACGGAGUACUUCCUCGCUCUGGCAGAACUGCAUAUGACGCAUCUUUCGUCGCAGCGGAACGAUGCAAUCGAAGAUGCAGAGGACUGCAGGAUGAAGUACAUCGCGCGCUGUCUGUUCCGCAGACUUGCGCGGGAGGGUCGGCUUUGUCGGUACCCUGAUGGUCCGUUUAGGCUGUUUUGUGAUGAUCUGCGGCCGGCGAAUGUGCUGGCUGAUUCAAACUGCGGGUAUGGUAUUGUCGGCGUGAUUGAUUGGGAGUUUGCUUAUGCGGCUCCGGCGGAGUUUGUAUAUAGUCCGCCGUGCUGGUUGUUGCUUGAGCGGCCGGAGUAUUGGGAGCAGGGGCUUGAUGACUGGGAGCGGGCUUAUGAGGUGCGGUUGGAGGUGUUUCUGCAGGAGAUGCGGGUGCGUGAGGAGGAGGAGGUUCGGAAGGGGAUUAUUCGGGAGGAGGAUCAGCUUUCUGGGUAUAUGCGGGAGAGUUGGGAUAGUGGAGGGUUUUGGGUUAGUUAUGCGGCGAGGAGAAGUUGGGCUUUUGAUAUUAUAUACUGGGAGAGGAUUGAUCGGAGGUUUUUUGGGGAGGGAGAGUUGGAGGAUCGGGUUGCGCUGUUGAGUGUUGAAGAGAGGGAGGGGAUGGAGGCGUUUGUGAGGAGGAAGUUGGAGGAGAAGGAGGAGGGGGGGUUGAAGAGUCGAUCUGGGUCGCCGGUGACUGUGGGUUGA